AGAUAUCAACUUUGACACCUAUAAAUUCUAUCGAAUCGUCAUAUUUGGUCAAAAUUGUGACAAAAUAUCUCAUGUUUACCAGCACUUUUCGAUAGGAUAAAAAACAAUAUAAUGAAGAUUCCAUUAGUUCUAAUCUGUGAUAUUUAUAUUUGAUAAAAUUUUAGCCAAGUUUACUUAAGUUUUUCCUUAAAAAGAAUCAGCAACUGUCGAUAUGAAAAGGACCUUGUCCACGGGAUAUUUGUCAGAUUAUAGUGGAUGAUCUAAUAUGUGAUAAGAAUAAUGAGGGAUGAUAAGAUGGGGUCCCAAACAUUAGAAAUACUUAGGCAAGGUGUAUGGGCAUCUUUGACUGGUGGAUGGUUCUAUGACCCCCAUCAAGAUAUAUUUUGUAACACAUUUCAUCUUUACAUUUGGCUUUUCCUUCUAUGUUUUCCAUUCACCAUAUAUGUGUAUUUCCCACCGAAAACAUUAAUCUGGUAUCUAUACUGCAUUAUAGUAGCAGGACUGAUAACAUUCAUCAAAAUUGUUAAUUAUGCUUUGCAUCGAAUGUAUGACACCACCGAAUGUAUCAAAGAAGAAACUGAAGAUGAGCUGGAUACUCAAAAAAGGGAAGAUGAGGGUAUAGAAUUGCAAGUUCUCUCUACUAAAUCAGUUGAGGAAAAUUUGAAUUCUGCUAAACCUCAAACAUCCUUAAUGUCCUAUGCUGAAGCAGGAGCCGUUCAAAGUACUGAUGCAGAUAGCAUGGAAUCAAUUGAAUUGUUACAUCUUGAUGCUAAUGAUACCGAAAAACUUCCUGGAACUAUAGAUUUGAAAGCAGAUGUUCAUCGCAAGAAUUCAUCGGAGAGCAGUGAGGAUCAAGUAUUCUUAGCUGCUUUAACUGCUGAAACUUUGGCCCUGAAGAAACAGAACAACAAGGGAAAUAGAAGAAACCACCAAAGAUCAAAAACAGACAGUUAUGUCAACAUCUACGUGAAGCAAGAGAGACCUUCGAGUUUCAAAAAACGCGUUUCAAAGGAAGAUGGAGACGAAAUAGUUGAAUCAGCUGGCUGUGCAUAUUCACAAAAAACUUUUGUAAACAUUGAAUCAGAGGCUGGUCCUUCUAGAUCGGACUGUCGCAGAAGGCAUUCGAAUUUUACGAACAGUACUUUGAAUAUACACCCUCCGAUGGUGCAAGAAAUUAAACCAACAGGGUCAUUUGAAUUAGGUUUAAUAGAUAAGAAUCCAAAUCCAGAUAUGCCUUCUGACGAAUUCUAUUUCCAACCAAGCAGUAGUGGAGUUAGAAGAAUACGAUCCACUGCACUUGAAACUUCAUGCCCGGCACCAUCUUUGACCGUUCAUCCGAACAGUUUAGAAAUCAUUGGUUGUAAGAGCCGAAAUCCCUUGCCACCUCCAAGCACAACAUUAGUGAGAAACCAACACCUCAACCUAUGUCCUUACUACGGUUCAGAAAUUGUAUAUCCAAUAGCGGAGCAAUCUGACGAACACCAAACAUCCCAAGGGCCUGACUCAGACCCAGACUCAGCCGCAAGAAACUCAGACUCAGAUUACGAGGAAUGCGGUAGGGAUAGAUCUCCAUAUUUGUAUCUUAAACUAGGUAAAUUAAAGAAGCCGAUGCCCUGCAAAAUCCGCUAUCAGCAUCCGAAAGACAAGGAAAUGGACGAUGAGAACGAGGCUGCCAGUGCGAAUUCCAAAGACAUGCUACUAAGCGAAGAACCUUCUGUUGUCGAGGUCCAAGUGGAUAACAGGAUGGACAACAUCGAGUGUAUCAUAGUACCUGGAGAUGCCGUGGACAAGAGAUCCAGCGAUUCAGCAAGCAAUACGAGCUUGGAGUGCAAAGAAGUGGUGGUGCAUAAACCCUCUAAGUCAAAAACGAAAUCUAGUCAUAAAGGUCUAGGUAAAAGUGUCGAAGAUGGGGGUUACGAAUGUAGGCAUCAGAUGAGGAAGAAAAGAAAGAGGAUGGAAGGAAAUUCAACGUUUUAUGAUAUAGAAUCUAGUGAACCUGCUAUGGAUACUUCCAAGCAGAAUCCAUGCGAAGAUCAUUCAGGAUCGGAUAAUCAUUCCAGUCUUGUCAGGCUGGAUUGGUUGUUUGGGGAAGAGCCUCUUUCUGAAAAUCAAGAAAACCCCAAAACCGACAAAAGUUGGGCCAACUCCUCGACAAUAUCCUUGGAACAAGACGUCAGUAAAGUUCUUCAGGAGACCGUGUCGUCGGCAAAAAGCCUAGGCGCCAUACCUAAGAGAUCCAGAGGUAUUGCUUCGUCUCAACCUAGCGACAAUUCUGGACGUAAGACACCUAGAAGCGAAUCUGACAAAUGCAGUAAAUGUAGAUCUAGAAUCGACAUAGAGGCAGGGCCUUCUUGUUCUCGCGAAAGGGGCAGACAUUCGAGGUCACGUGAUACGCGACCCGACAGCGUGGAUAGGGUCGAGUGUUAUGUGCUUCCAGCGACCGGUCUUAGAACUAUCAAUUUGGUGCCUAGGAGAGAGAAUAGACAGUUAAGAUCAAGUUUGGAAGAUUCGUCAUCUAGUACCUCUAGAAUUAAUGAGUUGAGUACUCUACUGCCGUCCACACCUCUACUCUCGGCAUUCCUUGCGUCUCGAAGGGAUAUUCCUCUGGCACUCUGUUUACCCACUGAGAAAUUGAGGUUAGAGCACGCACCUCAAGCUCUCAAGAGACGGAGAAUGAGCAAGAGUAGAGGUUUAAGCGCUAGGCGGGCAGCUCACGAAAGGAGACGAAGUCAGGGUGCAGCACAACAAGGAGACGUUGUGGACGAAGCGGAAAUACACCACGCACCGAACGACAGCAGUUCGGAAAAGACGCCUCCAAGAAGAUGCUGCGUUAUGCCCUCGACUUCACCUUCGGACAGCAGAGCUCUGGAUUUCUGGGACGCCGAAGACUUCGAGACUCCGCAGACCAGCCCCGGCCUCAGGGAAUUGGCCUCCAAGAACGUGAUGAUUUUGGAUGAAGUACACAGAAGACAUAACCACCGCGCGCAGUUCGUGAAAUGUUUAUCGGACUCGCUGAGACGCCGAAUUCUGAACGAAUCAAAUUCCGAUACUAUCAUAAUAAACACGUCCACGUUUCUCAACGAAGACAACUUCAGCACUCCUAUCCCGACGUUCAAGUUCAUCAGGGACGAAGUCACCUCCUCCCCGAAGGUCAAGAGUUACUACAAGUUCAGACUGCUGCCGAAGAUCUUCGUCAAGGUGGCCUUCGACAGGUUGAAGCUGUUGGCGCUUUUAGAUCGUAAUUUGACACUUUCAGAAACCAUUAUAUCGAUAUUGCUAUGUGUACUCGUGGCUCUGCUUGGAGCCUUGCUCUUGUAUCUGGAUUUCUAUAGGGACAUUCCGGCUUUCGUUUUUUGUUUUGUCAUGGCCAGCUGCCAGUAUUCUUUGUUGAAGAGUGUGCAACCCGACGCUGCUUCUCCUAUGCACGGUUUCAACCGCAUAAUAUCCUACUCUCGUCCUAUUUAUUUUUGUAUGUGUUCCGUCUUAGUCUUAUCAUUGCAUUAUUACUUAUCUUCGACAAGUAAUGUUGCACACAAUACGGAGAGGGUCCUAGCGUUCAGCAGGGAUUUCCUGGCGACGUUUAUACUGUUCUUUCCCCUGUGGUUUUCGCUGGGGUUGUUCCCCCAAAUCGACACGUUUUUUAUGUACUUCCUGGAACAGAUAGACAUGCACAUUUUCGGUGGCAACGCCAUGUCCAGUUUGCUUGGUUCCUUAUAUUGCGUUUUUCGGUCGAUAGUAGUCGUUCUUACGUUGGUAGGUCCCGCUUAUGGGGGCCUUUCCGAGAAGAAAGGUUCGCAGCACACUUCCUACUCGAUUUUUUGCGCUGCCAUAGUUGCCAGUUCUUACCAUUUGAGCCGUUGCACAAGCGACCCUUCGAACAUUUGGAAUAUCGUCAAGAAGCACCUGUGGCCGCCUGAUAUUUACCGGGAGCAUGCGAAAAUGUCGGAGUCGGGAAAGAAAGACCCCCAGGAAGGUAAGGAGAGCCGUCAGACCAAGGAAACGUCGGAGAAAUCGAAAGAGAAAGUCUCCGAAAAAGCUGAAGAACCAAACGAGCACGUAGAUCCCCUUCCGAAGAAACUGCAGAAGACUGUGAAUGGUCGUUUGAAGAACGACAUCAUCAUAUGCAGUCUCAUUUCGAUCAUGGUGUUCGGCAUACAUUCCAGCACGGUCUUCACUGUACUUCAACCAGAGUUGAGCCCCGUACUUUGGUCAGUUGCUGCAGGUAUGGGACUUGUCCUGCACUAUAUUAUACCGCAACUGAGGAAACAACUGCCUUGGACCUGUAUAGCUCGGCCUGUUCUACGGAGUUUCGAAUAUGGUCUGUACGAGAUUAAGGGACCCUCCAGAAUAAUGUGGUUUGAAAGGAUUUACGUCUAUCUAUGCUUUUUGGAAAGGAACAUAAUCUAUCCCUUAUUAUUCGUAACUGCCCUAACGGAAGAUGGACCUAAAAUAGAGGCUCAUACAGGACCUUUAAUAGCAUCUUUCAUCGUGACAGUCUGUGGUCUGAAAUGUCUCCGAAGCAGUUACUCCAACCAAAACAUACAAUACCUUGUGGUUACUUUCACUGCGCUGGCAUUCAAAUAUGACUAUAAGGAGUAUCUGAAUACUUUUCUGGUUACUUACUUUUUUAUGGGCAUAAUCUAUCAUAAAAUUCACGAACUACUACUCAAGGUACAAUUUGUCGUUACUUAUAUAGCACCGUGGCAAAUAACUUGGGGAUCAGCUUUCCAUGCAUUUGCCCAGCCAUUUUCUGUACCGCACUCAGCCAUGCUCUUCCUACAAGCCAUCAUCUCAGCAAUUUUAUCGACACCUCUUAAUCCUUUCCUAGGAAGCGCUAUAUUUUUAACCUCCUACGUCCGUCCUGUAAAAUUUUGGGAGAGGAAUUAUAACACACGAAGAGUCGACCAUUCCAACACGCCUCUGUCUUCGCACUUGGACAGGAAUUUGGGUGCUGAUGACAAUAACUUAAAUUCUAUAUUCUAUGAACACUUAACUAGGAGUCUUCAGCAUUCGUUAUGUGGCGAUUUGUCUUUAGGCAGAUGGGGUUUGGUGAAUCAGGGAGACUGCUUCGUGUUGGCCAGCGAUUAUUUGAAUUGUCUGGUGCAUAUAAUUGAGGUUGGGAAUGGAUUGGUUACGUUUCAAGUCAGGGGGCUAGAAUUUAGAGGUACUUACUGUCAACAAAGGGAAGUUGAAGCUAUCACUGAGGGAGUAGAAGAAAAUGACGGAUGCUGUUGCUGUGAUACAGGUCAUUUGCCAAAUAUGUUGAGUGUUAAUGCAGCCUUCAGUCAACGAUGGUUGGCAUGGGAAGUGACUGCAGCUAAAUACGUCCUAGAAGGUUAUAGUAUAUCCGACAAUAGUGCCAUUUCCAUGUUCCAAGUCUUUGAAUUUCGCAGAGUUCUCGUUUCUUAUUACGUUAAGAGUAUAAUCUAUUAUACCAUCAAGUCGCCUAAGCUAGAAGAGUGGUUGAAUUCGCAAACCAUCAUAGAUAGCCUGCAACCAAUGAUGGAUAAGCAGUUCGUGGAUCUCGAUCCGGUAUUCAAUUUUAACAUCGAUGAAGAUUUCGAUAUUAACAAAAGUGGUAUGACCAAGCAAUGGUUCUGUUCUGCUCAUUGGGCCUGGAUUGUCUUCUGUGUGGAAAAAUUUGGUAGAAAAGUGGAUUCAGGAAGAGAUUCUUUUUUGGUUAUACUUUGCUUCGCCCUGAGUUUAUUAGCUCGCAGAACGUUGGGCGCAGUCUCCCACAAUACCCAGUCGAGCGUCGAAUUCUUCCUCUACGGUUUGCACGCCCUCUUCAAGGGGGACUUUCGCAUCACAUGCUCGAGGGACGAAUGGGUCUUCACCGACAUCGACCUGCUGAAGACCGUAGUGGCCCCAGGCAUCCGGAUGUCGUUGAAACUUCAUCAGGAUCAUUUCAUGUCUCCAGAUGAAUACGAGGAGCUUCCUGCGCUCUUUGACGCCAUCACGAAACACCAGGAGGAGCUGGUUAUAUCGCACGAAGGGGACCCGGCCUGGAGGAGCGCCGUCUUGAGCGGCACGCCUAGUUUGCUCGCUUUGAGGCACGUUCUGGACGACGGCACGGAUGAGUACAAGAUAAUCAUGCUGAACAAGCGCUAUCUGAGCUUCAGAGUGAUCAAGAUCAAUAGGGAGUGUGUGAGAGGUCUGUGGGCGGGGCAACAGCAAGAGCUGGUCUACCUGCGCAACCGUAAUCCCGAACGCGGGAGCAUCCAGAACGCCAAGCAGGCGCUGCGCAACAUCAUUAACUCCUCCUGCGAUCAACCCAUAGGUUAUCCUAUCUACGUGUCGCCGCUAACCACGAGCUACGCCGAUACCAACGACCAGUAUAGCUCAUUGGUGGGCGGGUCCGUCACCUUGCAGAAGAUACAGAACUCGUUGCUCAACCUGUUCAGGAGGAUACGUAAAAGAUGUGGGGAAGGCUGUUCAAGUGGGGCGUCAACCAGGGAUGAGAUCGGCAUGGGUAAUGAGGGAGUUUACGCUAUGACACCUGUAACCACGUUGGGACACCCCAACUCUGGAAGUCAGUCGUGUGAGGCUGCUCAUCUGAGUGGUAGUAUCGGAAGGGGAUCAAGCCUUGGCAGGGGGUCCUUAGGUGCAAACAGAGGUAGUCUUGUAUCCAUGGGCAAACCUACAAGCUCCACACUAGCCAAUUUAGCAGGAAUCUUCAAGGAGAAAGACGAGAGAAGCGUUUCUCAAAACCCAGACGCUCAGCCAAGAGCCGAUGAAAGACAAGGUGAAUGUGAUAGUCCGGAGAAAGAUGCUAUACAAAAAGUUAUGAUUACAGAUCCUAACUUGGUGUAUGAUGGAAUCAAUCUAGGACGUAGGAUAGACGUGUUGUGGCCAACAGAAUAUAUGAGGAUAAGGGGUGGUAGAUCCUACUGGAACAACUGGGUCCCAGAAACGGGAAUGGAAGGAUUUGUGGUUCACAAAUGGACACCAAAUCACAGGGACGCUAGUAGAAGAUCACACGUAGAUAGGACAAUUCUUCUUGUCCAAAUCGAGGAUAAGUUCAUUCCGAUAGCUGAACAGGGAGUCAAAGAGGUACAGGUAGAGCCCUAGCGUAGGAACCCUUCCUUGAACCAUCCCCAAUCGUGAUUAUCAAAACAAGGAGAGAAGACUGAUACUUUAAUACAAGUAGGUCAUGAAAACAUUUAUAUAAUCAAAGCUCUUACACUAUUUUGUCCACUUCCUAUAUAUAUAUUAUGUUUUGUACUGAGACAUUUCUGGUAUUGAGAUUUGGAGAUUUUGUGGAUCGAAUGUUGAUAGCAGUGCUCUUUGGUCCGCAAAAUUCGAAAUUGAGAGCUCUCUAUGUAUGGCUAGUUGAUUUUAGAAUGGAGCAUAAUUUCAUCUGUGAUUUUUAUAUAUUUUAUUAGUGUUGGUUCGUAGAAAACAGUUUAUAUCUUUCAAUGCAUUUUUUCUAACGAUUAAAUAAUAAUAACAGCGCACUCCAUUGGGAGUGUAUGUAUAUAACAUUGAUGAAUUUCUUAUAAGAAAACUUAUUGAAACUUGCAGAAUACCUCGUAGUACUUUUGGCUUGACACAACUCAGUAUUUAACAGGAUAAAAUCAAAAUUAAAGACUAAAAUGGUUAGCAUAAUGUUUGCAAGUCCGUUUCUAAUCUACACCAAGUAAAAAUUAAGCAAGUUGCCUUAAGAAUAUAGACUGAUUUUAGGUGGUUUUAGUUGAAACCCAAGUUUUCUUAUUUUUUCCUUAUAGCUGCGGAUCUUGAUGCGGCUAUAUUUUUAAAUGUUUUUUCCUGUUUUAUAUCAGACAUUUAAACAAAGAUUAUAUAAGUCCUAUCCAUGUAAAGUAAUGUACCUAUUUAAAAUUGUGAAACUUGUUAUAGUUAUGUAUGUAGAUAUAUUUUAUAUAUUAGGCAUUUUAAUGUAAAUUAUAGUUGUGUCAAUUUUGGCCUAAGUUAUAAUUGUUGGUGAAUCUUAUGAGAAUGGAAACAAUAAAUUUUUAAUAACUGUU